AUGCUAACCUUAUUCGACGAAUCAACUGACUGCUUCCUAGUCCCCCUCUUCGUUGCACUUGACCUCGUUUCAGCACCCCUUUUCGCUUCCAACUUCUCGGAUGCAUCAUCACCACCUAAACCUUCAACCUCGGAUACAGCUCUUCUUCCACGCCCUCGUUUCAGCGAUAUUACCCCCAAAUUUCUCCGACUACCCGUCAAAGGUUCUGUUUUCGAGUUCGUUUCAGAUCUUGUACUCCGAGUUAAAGUUGAACUUUUCGGAGGGGCUCGAUUAUCACCUUUAUUCAGCUUGGGCUUCAACAGUUGUUGUUUCUUAGGACUUGACGACGUUGAGACGUUCUUGCUGAGACUGGACUUUUCAGGAGACGACUUCUUUUUGGAAAUUGAUGGAGGAGUGGUAGCAGAGGGCAUUUUGACAGAGACUGCUUUUUGGGAUGACGAACUUCGGAGAGCAUACUUUUGGGGACUUUUGGAAGAAGACGGUGGUGAUGAGGUGCUUUUCUUUGACGAAUUAGGUGGUUUUGUGGUGGUGGGCGAUUUGGCUGAGCCACGACGUGAACUGAAAUUUGGUAGAGACAUUCAACUGAAUAAAUUCAACCCAGCCACCUGA